UCUCCGUCACAAGAGAAGAGAGACUCAUAAACAUCUCGAGCUUUGCAAUCUUCCGAUCCACGGAGCUGUGAGAAUGGCGUACGUGGACCAUGCGUUCUCGAUAUCGGACGAGGACAUGAUGAUCGAGACGUCAUACACCGUGAAUAACCGACCGCCGGUUAAGGAGAUCGCGCUCGCGGUGGCUCUCCUCGUGUUCGGAGCCUUAGGAAUCGUCUCCGGCUUCUUCAUGGCGUACAAUCGAGUCGGCGGUGAUCGAGGCCACGGAAUUUUCUUCAUCGUCCUCGGGUGUCUUCUGUUCAUCCCAGGGUUUUACUACACACGGAUCGCGUACUAUGCUUACAAAGGAUACCAAGGCUUCUCCUUCUCUAACAUACCCCCAGUUUAGUACUAGUCCGCCUUUUGUAUCUCUCCUCCUACGGCUACUAUAGAGAGAUGUUUUUAACGAAAUGGGCUGACUUGUUUUGCUCUCUAGUGUAGUUUUUAGAGGAGAGUCUAAGUGAGUCCAUGUUUGAUUGUUUGACAUAUAUAUAUCAAUACUAUUAAAAUAGAAGGAUUUUGAAAAAAUCUACCUAUGAAAAUUGUUUGGACCUAUUA